AUGUCCAUAGACACAGAAAACCGUGAGACGUUCGUCAUUCGAAGUCUGAUGCAGGACUUGACUAUCGACGACGACUCACCCAAGCCAACCUCGAUGCUCUUGGUUAUACCACAUGAGAUACGCAACGUAAUCUAUUCCCACAUGCAUGACGAUGACCUUGUGGCAGAUGUCACGAUGACUCCACCACGCAGCCGACGCGGACGAACGAUGCGAUUUCAGCACCUCUACCCUCGACUGAUCCGAUCCUUCGAGUCAUUGCUAAGCAUGCCUGAACUAGAAGAGGAGGUCCACGAGUACAUCGCCAAGAAUGUCGUGUUUCAAGGACAGCACUCUUCAAGUUUCAUAGACAUGCCAGCGGUUUUCGGAGCAGAGAGCUGCAUGCUCAUCCAUCGCUUUGAGAUGCGUGUCGAAUUUCAGUUCAAGCUAAAGCACCAGGGACAAUGGCCAGAGUUCCUGAAGUGCUUUGUCGAAGACUUGCCCAACCUCGAAUGGGUCAAGUUGUACUCAAAGUGGAGCGAUCGAAGCCAGCCACACCCGGAGAACGAGAGCCAAGACCCAGCGGGUUUGAUGACUCGAUACGACCAGAACACUCGAUCGAGCUUUCGGUUCCUCUGCUGGCUUAACAAGCGUCAUCCCAAUUUUCAAACUAGCGGUCGCUUGAUACUUCCUGCGCAAACUGGUGGACGCUUCGGACAGCACGAAGUGUACUCGCACCACCUAAUCCUUGAAGUGUCCAAAGAACGACGUCGAUGGGAGUCGAGGACGGAGCUAGUAGGAGCCGAACCGGCUGACUACGAGGAAGAUGCUCGAGCACUUCAGACCGUGUAUGAUGAAGUGUUGAAUACGAAGCUUGGUCGCCGAGCUAAAUGGACUCAGUGGCACAACAAUGGUCUGAAGCUCGAAGACUUCAUCAUUGUUCCUGCUGCAGGUCAGACAAGAAGCAGCAUCAUCACCUCAGAAGUUGGUAACGAGGAUGAUGAGUACUUCUUGCGACUAGACCAACGCGGCUACCAACCAUUCGAGCUCUUCCAGGAGCGGGGUUGGCUCAACGAUGGUCCGGUGAACGUCGAAAAGCUCAUUGACCAGGCCAACCGCCAAAAGCAGAGUGUUGCAAACCGAGCUCGACGGGGAGCAGGCACUACCUCGGGUACGACCGGCGCGAAUGCGGUUGGUAGAGACGGCAUGAAUCGGGGCGGCAUGGGUAGAGGCGGCGGUCGUAGGCGAGGCCGGGGUGGUCCUAGUGGUGGUCAAGCCCCUGUUCAGGCUCGUGGAGGCUUUCGAGGAAAUGGCAGAGGUAUCCCUGGUGGACAAGGAGGCGCUCGUGGAAAUGCUCGAGGUCAAGGCCGAGACUAA